UGCAUCCCAGUGUCAAUCAAUGCACCACCACGUCACGAGCCUCAUUCACAGGUGAUACCUAUUAGCUUACCUCCUAUGCAGUCAGGUGUUGCGUCUGUGGACCAUCAAACCGUUUCCUUCCUGUGUGAGAUAUUUCUGCUGGCGGUUUUUGGCAAGCUGCAGUCGGCUUUGCAGAUGCCAUGUUUGAGCAGUGAGCAUGGCGGAAAAUCAUCUGGAGUACGGCUACCUGGAGGGCGAGUCCAUCGGGGAGCAUUUCGCCGAGGACCCGGAGCUGGCAGCCAUCAAGGCCAGAGUUCAAGAGCUGGAGAUGGAAGAAGAGACAGAGAGGCUGAAGGAGGAAGAGGACAGAUGUGACACUGCAGAGAUGCAGCUCCUGACCAGCAGCCCUCGACCUGGGCCUUUCUACAAUAUGACUCCUGAGGAGAGGAUAGACGCAGACAACAGAUCUGUCUAUGUAGGAAAUGUAGACUAUGGAGCUACUGCAGACGAGUUGGAGAUCCAUUUCAACGGCUGUGGUCCUGUCAACCGAGUGACCAUCCUGUGCGACCGGUUCUCUGGCCAUCCCAAAGGCUUUGCUUACAUUGAGUUCUCUGAUCGUGACUCUGUGCAGAGUGCUAUUGGUUUACAUGAGACCUUGUUCAGAGGAAGAGUCCUAAAGGUAAUGCCAAAGAGGACCAACAUGCCAGGCAUCAGCACCACAGACAGGGGAGGUCACCGAGGUGGCCACUCCAGAGGCAGAGGACGAGGCUUCCGUCCACCCCGAUACCAUAACAGCUCUCGAGGCAGGUUCAGGUACCAGUCAACCAGGCCGCAACACCAAACACCCCACCCUUACUAUGGAGGCCCCUCAGUGGGGAAGAGACAGUGGGGACACAUGGAUUACCAUGAACAGAUGCCUAAACGUUACCCAUGUCUUCUCCUCAUCACCCCACCGUCAGAGGAGUUGGGGGCGGGAUCGAGUGGACAGCACUAUCCUCAGCAGCGCUAGCACUACCCGCUGUUUGCACACCAAGCGGGUGAAUAGACUGAUCAUUUUAAAGAGCAAAUGUUUCCAGGCAUUACUGAGUUUGAAAGAGAGAGAUUUGACUUUACAAGUUGCAUCCCUGCAUCAGUCCUUCAAGUAGAUGUGAAAAGUCAAGAUUGGGGUCAGAGAUCCUUCGCAGAGGUGUUACAUUAUAAGCUUGUGUUGCUGUGAAUGCAUGGGACAAUCCUCAUUGUUAUGCAGUUGCGUCUUACCGUUUUUACAAACUGAUGCAAAUGUAUUGUGUUGCUGCCUGCAAUGUAAUGUAUAAAUCCUCCCUAUGUAUAACUUAUAAGUUCUUUGCUAUGUAAGUGAAUAAAUAAAAACAAUGAUCCGGUG